AUGCACCUAUAUUCACCCUCUCUGGACACCGAGGCAGCCGACAUCCUGAAUGACCUGCAGGUGAAGCUAAACACCUUCCUGGACAACUUCAGCAUGGGAUUUGCCAAGAGUUUCCAGGCUCGUAUUAACGGCUGCAUGCGUCAGAUGGCUGAGCUCCUCUACCAGAUCAAAGGCCCCCCCAACCACAACACUGCAGAGGCAGACGCUGACAACAUGCUGAGGCCCCUCAUGGAGUUCCUGGAUGGGAAUCUCAGUAUCUUUGCUGACGUCUGUGAGAAGACAGUGUUGAAGAGGAUCCUGAAGGACCUGUGGAAGAUCGUCCUGAGCAGCCUGGAGAAGACCAUCGUCCUGCCGCAGAGCAACGACAGUCUGGGUGCCCAGCUCCUCACAGCAGCUAAAGGACUGUCCAGUCUCAAGGGAGGGGGUGAAGCCAAAACCUUGACGCCCAAACAGUGUAUAAUCAUGGACGCAGGGCUGGAGACCAUCAAGCAAUACUUCCACGCAGGAGGAAACGGGCUGAAGAAGGCGUUUGUGGAGAAAAGUCCUGAACUAGCUUCACUGCGUUACGCCCUCUCCCUCUACUCCCAGAGCACCGACGCUCUCAUCAAGACCUUUGUCACCACACAGCACUCCCAAGUGCAUGAUGGGAUGGGCAUCAGGAUCACUGGAAAUGAGAAGAUCCGACCUGAUAGGGGCUCGGGGAUCGAGAAGCCCAUUGGAGAGGCCAUACUGCAGAUCGACAUGAUGCUCGGAAAAGAGCGCAAAAUCAUUGUGAAAGUCAUCGCAGUGAAUGACAUGAAGUGGCAGACAUCAGGGAUGUUCCGGCCUUUCGUGGACGUCUCCAUGGUCGGUCCCUUCCUGGCCGACAAGAAGCGCAAAUUCACCACAAAGUCCAAGAACAACAGCUGGUCGGCGAAGUUCAACGAGGCUUUCCAGUUUGUCCUGGGUAAGGAGUCCCCAGACUGCUAUGAGCUUCAGGUGACGGUGAAGGACUACUGUUUCGGCCGGGCGGACCGGGUGGUGGGCAUGGCCGUGAUCCAGCUCCGGGACAUCGCUGACCGCAAGAGCUGCGUCUGCUGGUGUCCGAUCGGCCCGCGCGUCCAAACCGACGAAACGGGCCUGACGGUGAUGCGCAUCUUGUCCCAGCGGCCUGCGGACGAAGUGGCCAAAGAGUUCGUCAAGCUUAAAUCUGAAACUCGUCCUGUGGAGGAGGGCAGAUGAGCGGAGAUGCUGACUGAAGAACAAAGAAAUUGUGAAAAUGUGAAACUGACAUGGAGCAUGGUCAGGGUGUAGAGUCAGGGCAAUCUGGUUCUGUAUGUUGUUUAUGAGCACUUUUCAUACAUCAUCCUCAGCAAACACAGACCAUUAGAGCCUCUGACAUGGAGGAGAUCCUCAAAAGACAGAAGUAAUUCGACAAUUUGUCAUAGCUAUGGUAACAAGGAAAUGUAUUUAAUUCGAAGGGCACAUUUUGAGAAGGAGAUGCUUUCUCAAGAUGUUGAAAAAGAAGAACACAAUCAGCACCAAUCUUCUAAUCCUGAUGACGGACUAUUUUGUAUGCCUGUAGCAAAUUAAACACGUCAUCUGUUGGUGAUCCGAGAUGCUUAUCCACAGCCUUUACCAAACAAAGUACAUUUUCUCUGUCUAUCCGACAGCAGGGGUGGACUAAGACAACAAAAACUCUGCUCUGGCAUUUUAGCCCAGACCUGCCUACCAUUUAUUUUGAUAGGUUGUUAUGCCCUGAAGACGAAUGCAUAUCAGCUCAUAUUAAGCUUUAUGUCAAGAUUCACAUAAUCUUACAUAACAACAAAAUGCCCUGGAAACGCAAUUAACAGUAACUAUGGUUACUACAUGGAGACUCGAGGAGCCACUGGCUGAGUUUCUAUGAGCAGCAAUAUGCUUAAAGGGUUUGAAAAGUCCAGGGCUAUGUCCAAGGCGGCAUUGUUUCUUAUCCAUUUUGGCCUGUUAUGCAGAUGUGCUGUUUUAAUGAGUCCAAAGGGGGAAGGUCAAAAUAUGUGAUUGGGUCAGCCCAGUGUCAAUUGGAUAAAAAACAAACAAUGGUCCUCCUUACCUGUUUUAUGGGGCCGGUCAGGGAGAAAAAAAAGAAAAAGAUGGUUGUGUCGGCCAAAAUAGCAAGGCGACCAGCAGGAAAAUGUUCGCUAUUCCACAUGGCCAGUCAACCCCUGCCUAAAACUGCAUGGACCUGAGUCGUUACUUCUGAGAGCUCAUAAGGACUAAUGUUUAACGAUCAUAAAUCCUUUAUGACAUGAGAGGAAAAUGAGUUGGAGGAAGUAAUCCCAGAUUGUGGUAUUGGUGACUCCUGACAGUCGGACACUGCUUAGUCUGGUAGCCACUGUUUUCCCCCAAAUAAGUGAAAUUAAAUGAACAAAUGUCUGUGCUUAGCGUGAGCUCAACAAUAGAGCCAAAUAAAACAGCAAAACAGGAUCGUGUUUUACUCGAUUUUGAUGAUAAAAUGAACUUUCACACACAUCACAAGUCCUCAUCACAUCCUCUUAUCCAGGCAAAUUGCACUUGUAGCAACACAUUUACUUUACAGAAAUAAAGAUAUUCAGGAUACGUCAAUCCAGAGAGUGCAUGUUAUUAAAUUGCAGCGUUUCUGGAGAGUUGAUGCGAAGCUUCGCUAGAAAAUAACCUCAGACAGUCAUAUUUUUCAUGUAGCUGAACCAGGAAGAAGUCUGUCAAGAUGCAUGUGAAAUAUUUUACCAGAAGGAAAAUCAAAAAAAUUGGUAAAAUCAAAAAAAUGAAAUACUGAGAUAAAAUCAUUUGAAAUACAUAGCCUUAAAAAAUGAAAUCCUGCAAGCUAUCGUAGCUAGCUCAGUGUACAUCGUGCUCAGACUUUAGUGACGGUGUGUAGGAUCUGAAUUGAGUAUUGCAACUAACUAAAUACCCUUUGGCUCAGCCCACUUUUGAACCAAACAUGAAUGGAUACAACAUUGACUUGUGAAGUUAAAAAACUAGAUUUUCUAUGAAAGCGAAGAACUAUAGUAGAGUUGUUUAAAAUAUUUGACUGACCUCUGAACUGUGGCCAGCUGAACAUAGUUCAAAAAGAAAUGCAGAGUCAUAAGUUUUCUGAAUUGAGCUCUUCUCUGUGUUUGCCAUGUGUCAAACUGUGACUUUAGACUCUGUUUACCUGCAACCUGCUCUUAAUGUAAAAAACGAACAAAACUUGACCUGAUUUCAGAGGUUAGAUAAUGUUAUGGAGGAACAGAAAUGGACCUCUAAGAAUUUAAUAUUAGUCUGUAUUUGCCAUUUUGAAUUGGAAUGAGAACUCACAGUAAGUCGUACAGCCUUGCCAUGCAUGCACAUACUUUACCAAUCAUAUGUUUGUGGAUAUUUGAUUGGUUUUAUUGCAUUAAACACACUACAAACUUAGAUCUGGAUGAAAAAAACAUGCAGGCAGGUUGUUCAAUUGACUGAAGACUAACUAGGUUUGAUCCACACUCUUGUAUGUUUACUAUGUGCCAAGGAACGCAAGUGUUCAGCCAUGUUCAGCAAGCUCUCAUCAACAUUUUGUUUGCAGACAGAAGUGGCCAUUGUAGAUAUGCCAAUGCUUACUGCACGAUUGCCCAAAGUAGCUGCACUUUGGCUCCAAACUCAAGAAGAUCUGUUUGGUCAUUUAGAUAAAUGAAAUGGAAAUGAGUUUUGUCACGGAUUCUGCCGUAUUAAACUGAACCAACAUAUUUCUGUGUAAGCUAUUGUUAUUUUACAAUGGCCACAGCUGUAGGGACAACUGAACUCUUGCACUAUGUUCAAAAACUAACUGUACAUUUGUAAAAAAAUAAUAAAAAAGCCUACGACCAGAGCAUGUAUUUAUUGUAUACAAAGUCACCUAGAAUUGUGAUAUUUUUCCUGUAUGUACUGUGAAAUAUGAAGAAUGAUCAACUGUAUUUAAAGUAGUUAUCAUUACUCUAAUGUGACAUAUGUUGAAUAUACUUGUAACAAUA